AUGGGGGACAGUGGUGGUGAACCGAACCUGCAGUCCUACAUUAUGGACGAGGAAACUCUGAAGAGAAAGCAGAAGGAGAAGCUAAAGAAGCUCCUGGCCACUGGAGGAAACCCUCGGCCCGCACGCUCUCUCUUCUUCCUCACGCUGAAGAACCCUUUCCGCAAGGCUGCCAUUAACAUCGUCGAAUGGAAACCGUUCGAGAUCAUUAUCCUGCUGACCAUCUUUGCCAACUGUGUGGCCCUGGCUGUGUUUCUUCCCAUGCCUGAGGAGGACAGCAACAACACCAACAGUAACCUGGAAAGUCUGGAGUACAUCUUCCUCAUCGUCUUCUCCAUAGAGUGCUUUCUAAAGAUAGUAGCCUAUGGAUUUCUAUUUCACGAGAAUGCAUAUCUACGGAACUGUUGGAACAUACUGGACUUUGUCUGUGUGUCUGUUGGGCUGUUCGCAGUCAUCGGUGACUCCAUCACCUAUAUCAGUGGUGUGGAGGCUCAACCAGGGGAGAAGGGAGGAGGCUUCGAUAUGAAGGCCCUCAGGGCGUUCAGGGUGCUCCGCCCCCUCAGGCUGGUCUCUGGAGUCCCCAGCCUGCAGGUGGUGAUGAAUUCCAUCCUGAAGUCCAUGUUACCUCUGUUCCACAUCUCCCUGCUGGUAUUCUUCAUGGUCACUAUCUAUGCCAUCGUGGGACUGGAGCUCUUCAAGUGCAAGAUGCACAAAACCUGCUACUACACAGGCACAAAUAUCAUAGCCACGGUGGAGAAUGAGAAGCCAUCUCCUUGUGCCCAAGCCGGGAACGGGCGGCGCUGCACCAUCAACGGGACAGACUGUAGGGCAGGUUGGGCCGGACCCAACAACGGCAUCACACACUUUGACAACCUGGGCUUCGCUAUGCUCACUGUCUACCAGUGCAUCACUACCCAGGGCUGGACCGACGUGUUAUACUGGGUGAAUGAUGCUAUUGGUAUGGAGUGGCCAUGGAUGUAUUUUCUGACUCUCAUCUUGGUUGGCUCCUUCUUUGUGCUCAACCUGGUCCUGGGCGUGCUCAGUGGUGAAUUCACUAAGGAGCGAGAAAAGGGCAAGGCGCGCGGAGAGUACACAGAGAUGAGGGAGACCCAGCAGCUGGAUGAGGAUGUGAAGGGCUACAUGGAGUGGAUCACACAGGCCGAAGUCAUGGACGCCGACGGGGAGGGACAGGGCCUGCUACCCCUGGAAGAUGGAGAAUCUGAGGCAGGGAGUCUAAAGGACAUGGACACCAUGCAAAAAAUUAUGUACUACUACAAGCUGGCUCGUAAAUGGAACGUUUUCUUCCGGCGUAAGUGUCUUGUGUAUGUGAAGUCCCGUAUGUUCUACUGGUGGGUGAUCCUUCUGGUGUUUCUGAACACGCUGGCCAUCGCUACUGAACACCACAAGCAGUCCCAGCAACUCACUGAGUGGCAAGACACUGCCAACAAGGUUCUGCUGUCUCUGUUUGCCAUUGAGAUGUUUAUAAAGCUGUAUGCUCUGGGCCUCCAGCAAUACUUCAUGUCUCUGUUCAACCGCUUCGACUGCUUCGUGGUCUCCACCGGCAUUCUGGAACUCAUUCUGGUCCGCAUGGACGUCAUGACCGUCACGGGCAUCUCCGUGCUGCGCUGCAUACGACUGCUAAGGCUGCUCAAAGUCACCAAGUACUGGACAUCUCUCAGUAACCUGGUGGUAUCCCUGCUGAACUCCACAAAGUCCAUUGCCUGCCUGCUCCUCCUCCUCUUCCUCUUCAUCGUCAUCUUCUCUCUGCUGGGCAUGCAGGUGUUCGGGGGAAAAUUCAACUUCCCCAACCAGCUCAAACCCCGCAGCACCUUCGACAGCUUCCCCCAGGCCCUCAUCAGUGUCUUCCAGAUCCUGACGGGGGAGGACUGGAACGCUGUGAUGUAUGAUGGCAUCAUGGCGCAUGGCGGUCCCACAAUGCCCGGGAUCCUCGUCAGCAUCUACUUCAUCAUCCUCUUUGUCUGCGGAAACUACAUCCUGCUGAAUGUGUUCCUGGCCAUCGCCGUGGACAACCUGGCGGAGGCCGAGAGUCUGACCAUGGCCCAGAAGGAGAAGUCUGAGGAGAAGAAACGCAAGAAGCUGCUCAGGGCUAACAUGCCUGACAAGGCAACAGAGGAGAAGGCACUCCUGGCCAAGAAGUUGGCAGCAGAGAGGGCUAAAAUAGAGGGCAUCCCUACUACAGCCAAGCUGAAAGUAGACGAGUUUGAGUCCAACGUGAAUGAGAUCAAGGACCCCUUCCCCCCUGCUGACUUCCCUGGCGAUGAUGAGGAGGAAGAGCCUGAUAUCCCUGACACCCCGAGGCCCCGGCCAAUGGCAGACCUGCAGCUGAAGGAGGAGGUGGUACCGAUUCCAGAGGCCAGCUCCUUCUACAUCUUCAGCCCUGAGAACAAGUUCCGUAAGCUGUGCCACCGCAUCAUCAACGCCACCACCUUCACCAACACCAUCCUCCUCUUCAUCCUCCUCAGCAGCAUCUCCCUAGCCGCCGAGGACCCCAUCGACCCCAUGUCCUUCAGGAACCAGGUGCUGGCCUCCGCUGACGUCGUCUUCACGUCAGUAUUCACCGUGGAAGUUGUCCUCAAGAUGACCGUAUAUGGAGCCAUAAUGCACCCUGGCUCCUUCUGCCGGAACUCCUUUAAUAUUCUGGAUCUGAUAGUUGUCACCGUAUCCCUCCUCUCCAUGCUCAUGGAGUCCAGUGCUAUCUCUGUGGUGAAGAUCCUCAGGGUGUUAAGGGUGCUGAGGCCCCUAAGGGCCAUCAACAGGGCUGAGGGCCUCAAGCAUGUGGUCCAGUGUGUUUUUGUGGCCAUCAAAACCAUUGGCAACAUCGUGCUGGUCACCAUGCUGUUAGACUUCAUGUUCGCCUGCAUUGGAGUCCAGCUCUUCAAGGGACAAUUCUACUCCUGCACAGAUCCUGACAAAAUGACAGAGGAGGAGUGUAGGGGUAACUAUAUUAGGUACCAGGAAGGUGCAAUCCAUCCAAUGACGAUCCAUAAGAGAGAGUGGAUCAACUCAGAGCUCAACUUUGACAACAUCCUUGAGGGCAUGUUGGCUCUCUUCACUGUCUCCACCUUUGAGGGCUGGCCAAAACUGCUGUACAAGGCCAUAGACUCUAACAUGGAGGAUGUUGGUCCUAUCUUCAACAACCGCGUUGCCAUCUCCAUCUUCUUCAUCAUCUACCUCAUCCUCAUCGCUUUCUUCAUGAUGAACAUCUUCGUCGGCUUCGUCAUCGUUACAUUUCAGGAGCAAGGAGAGCAGGAGUACAAGAACUGUGAGCUGGACAAGAACCAGCGGGCGUGUGUUGAGUAUGCCCUGAAAGCCCGGCCGCUGCGCUGCUACAUUCCUAAGAACCAGUAUCAGUACAACGUGUGGUACAUCGUCACCUCCUGCUACUUUGAGUACCUGAUGUUCCUGCUCAUCAUGCUGAACACCAUGUGUCUGGGGAUGCAGCACUGUAACCAGUCAACCCAUGUGACCGACCUGUCUGACAUGCUGAACGUGAUCUUCACUGUGCUCUUCACUGUGGAAAUGGUCCUCAAACUCAUGGCCUACAAAGCUAAGGGUUACUUUGGGGACCCAUGGAACGUCUUUGACUUUGUCAUCGUCAUCGGCAGCGUUGUUGACGUCAUCCUGAGUGAGGUCGAUGCAGCCCUGGCCUCCUCUGGAGGACUGUACUGUCUACACGGCUGCGCUGAGGUGAACCCAAUGCAAGCCAUAGCGGCUUCGGAAAAUGCCCGUGUGUCAAUCACCUUCUUCAGACUGUUCCGUGUGAUGCGUCUGGUUAAACUGCUGAACCGUUCUGAGGGGAUCCGGAAUCUUCUGUGGACCUUCAUCAAGUCCUUCCAGGCUCUGCCCUACGUCGCCCUGCUCAUCCUCAUGCUAUUCUUCAUCUACGCUGUUGUUGGGAUGCAGAUAUUUGGUAAGAUAGCGCUGAUAGAUGGGACACACAUCAACAGGAACAACAACUUCCAGACAUUCCCCCAUGCUGUGCUGCUGCUCUUCAGGUGUGCGACAGGUGAGGCGUGGCAGGAAGUGAUGUUGGCGUGUCUGUAUGGGAAGAGGUGUGACCCUAAGUCAGACUACCUGCCUGGAGAGGAGAUGACCUGUGGAGCCAGCUUCGCCAUCAUCUACUUCAUGAGCUUCUACAUGCUCUGUGCCUUCCUGAUCAUCAACCUGUUUGUGGCGGUCAUCAUGGACAACUUUGACUACCUGACCCGUGAUUGGUCCAUCCUGGGUCCUCAUCACCUGGAUGAGUUUAAGAAGAUCUGGGCAGAGUACGACCCAGAGGCCAUGGGGCGUAUUAAGCACCUGGACGUGGUGACUCUGCUGCGUAGGAUCCAGCCUCCUCUGGGCUUUGGAAAGUUCUGUCCCCAUAGAGUGGCCUGCAAGAGACUGGUGUCCAUGAACAUGCCACUCAACAGUGAUGGAACGGUCACCUUUAAUGCUACACUGUUCUCACUGGUCAGGACCGCAUUGAAGAUUAAGACUGAAGGUAACUUCGAGCAGGCCAAUGAGGAGUUAAGGGCCAUCAUCAAGAAGAUCUGGAAACGCACCAGUAUGAAGCUGCUGGACCAGGUCAUCCCACCAAUCGGAGAUGAUGAGGUGACCGUGGGGAAGUUCUAUGCCACCUUCCUGAUCCAGGACUACUUCAGGAAGUUGAAGAAGAGACAGGAAGAGUAUUAUGGCUUCCGCCCCACCAAGAAGAACGCCUCCAACGAGAUACAGGCGGGUCUGAGGAGCAUUGAGGAGGAGGUGGCUCCAGAGUUGCAGAGAGCCAUCUCGGGAGACCUGAUGAACGAGGAGGAGAUGGACAGAGCCAUGGAGGAUGCAGCGGAGGAAGGCAUCUUCAGGCGGGCGGGCGGUCUGUUUGGGAACCAUGUUGAUUCCUUCACCAUGGAGGAAGGAACCCAUAACUCUAACGCUACACAGGUGACCAGCCAGCGGCCCCUGCAAAUGAGCAAGUCAGACGAGGGGGAGGUGACCAGCUCACCUGCCUACCAUGCAAACGAGGACUUCUUCCCCACAAUGCCUAACAAAACCAACAACAACAAUGUCAACAGCAAUGCCGGGGAGAGUUUUCCCUAUGAGACAGAUGACAGGGUGCAGGUCUAUACCAUCUCAACCAGCAGAAGUCCCCGAGACACCACAGACUGGCAGCUGCAGACAGUACCUGGACCCAGCCAGGACCGUGAGACUCCCAGAGAGACCCCUAGCCCCCAGCAGGCCCAGACCCAGACCCCAGACAGCACCUUCGACACACUCAUACAGGAGGUCCUGAUAAAUGGGGGGUUGGAGAGCUUGGCCAGGGACUCUCGUUUUGUGUCGGUGACGAAACAGGAAAUGGCCGAAGCUUUGAACUUUGACCCGGUGGACAUGGAGAGUUCCGCCACUGACCUUAUGAAUGGUCGCAGAGGGAGGGUCGCCACACCUCCAAUCAGGCCCCCUCGCAGAUCACAGAGAAAGGCCAACAAAUUAACAAAACCCACCGAUCGUGUUUAG